UUGAAUUUUUUGGUGAUGUGGAACGUGAAAUAAAUUUAACAAUUACUCUUUCACAAAAUAAUCGAAAAAUCCUUGCUAUCGAUUUUUUUGCUUGUUACAGUGAAUGGCAAUUUAAAAAGAAGAAACCCAAAAAUGAAUUUGGAAUUGCUAGAGUCCUUCGGCCAAAACUACCCCGAGGAGUUCGAUGGCUCCCUGGAUUGCAUAUCCCUGGCCGUGACCUGCGCCUUCAACAAAUACGGCACCUUGCUGGCCGUCGGCUGCAACGAUGGCCGGAUUGUUAUUUGGGAUUUCCUAACGCGCGGCAUUGCCAAAAUAAUUUCAGCACAUGUUCAUCCUGUGUGCAGUCUCAGUUGGACGAGAAAUGGUCAUAAGCUACUUUCGGCAUCAACAGACAAUAAUGUUUGCAUUUGGGAUGUGCUGACCGGCGAACUGGAGCAUAAAUAUCGCUUUCCCUCACCGGUACUCAAGGUGCAAUUCGAUCCACGUAACGAUAGUAGACUGUUGGUCUGUCCUAUGCGUUAUGCCGCCGUGCUGGUCAAGAUUGGCGGCUCACAUCGAUGUCUUCCCCUGGAUUCUGAUGGAGAUCUCAAUAUAGUGGCGUCAUUUGAUCGGCGUGGCAAACACAUUUACACUGGCAAUGCCAAGGGCAAGAUUCUAGUGCUGGACGUGGAGACAUUUGAAGUGGUUGCCAGUUUUCGUAUUAUCGUUGGUACUUCAAGUGCAACGGCAGUUAAAAGCAUUGAAUUUGCCAGGCGAGGAGAUGCCUUCCUUAUAAAUACCUCCGAUCGUGUGAUCCGCGUCUAUGACUCAAAGGAGAUCAUUGCGCUUGGCAAGGAUGGCGAGCCGGAGCCCAUACAAAAGUUGCAGGAUUUGGUCAACAAAACCACGUGGAAAAAAUGCUGUUUCUCUGGAGACGGAGAAUACAUUUGUGCAGGCAGCGCACGGCAACAUGCGCUCUACAUUUGGGAAAAAUCCAUUGGCAAUCUUGUCAAGAUUCUGCACGGUACAAAGGGAGAGCUGCUGCUAGACGUUGUCUGGCAUCCGGUGCGUCCUAUUAUAGCCAGUAUUAGUUCAGGCUUGGUUUCGAUUUGGGCACAAAAUCAAGUGGAAAACUGGUCGGCAUUUGCGCCCGACUUCAAAGAGCUGGACGAGAAUGUGGAAUACGAGGAGCGUGAAUCCGAAUUUGAUAUUGCGGAUGAAGACAAAUCAGUGGACUUGAAUGCCGAUGCGCAACAGGACGAGGAGAUCGAAGUUGAUGUACAAAAAGUGGAACCCGUGGCAGCAUUUUGCUCUUCUGACGAGGAGGGCGAAGAUGAGAAUGCUUUGCAAUUCUUACCCAUGGCACCAGAGGUGGAGGAUCCCGAGGAUUGGUCGGCGCAAGAUAAUCUCGAGCCCAAUGCAAAUUUGUUGGGCAACGAGUCGCGUGAUUAUGAAGAUGAUAUUAUGGCCACCAAGCGAAGACGUUUGCAGCACUAUGAUGUCAGUUUACCUGACGCGCCCACCGAUGAAACUCACCCGCUCAUCUCUAGCAAAGCCAGCAAAGACAAACAACAGCCAAUUGGUGGCAAAAAGGCAGCGGGCCGAGCCAAGAAAUGAGCUUGGCUAGCUGGCGUCGCUUCAAUUAUUUUUAUUAAUUACAAUUUAAGUUAUGACAUUUAAUAAAUCGCGCUUAAGUCCUACUCGGAUUCCUCACUUGACCGGCAAAGAGCAGCAGACUCGUCGACUUCUCCACGAUCAUGUAUUGGAAUGGUCUAUCCAGCUGGAAUUUUGGUGGCGAUGCUUUGUUGGACAGCACAGCCGAAGUUACAGCUGCGGCCGUGGUGCCCUGUUCAUCUACAAUGAUCUUGGUGGCAUGCACACAGUAUGAGGUGUACAAACCUUCGGCCAUACGACUGAGAUUGGAGUCCUUCUGAUCGAAAACGUCACGUAUGCCCAUCUGGAAUAUGUAACAAGCAUUUAGUGGACAUUUAUAUGGUCCUUCAUGUAUUCCACGCACCUCUGUGAGAAUUUGCUUCAAGUUGAAGUCUGUUUGCGUGGUAAACUUGGGCAGCAGCACCUCCACUUCGUUGUCUUCGCUAGCCUCGCGUCUAAACUUGGCAAUGCGUUGCAGAAUCGGUGCCAGACCCAGAUUCUUCAGAUUGGCAGAGAUGUCGCUUAACUUGAAGCCACGCUUCGGGAGCACAACAAUCAUGGACAGACGAUCCUGUGUACCGUAUGGCAGCUCAAGCACAUAACCAUCCAGGCCUUGAAUGUUGG